ACUGCCGAGAACCUUGAUACCAGCCCGGCAGGUCCGGCAGUGUCAGAGCGGAGAAGUACUAUCAGGAUAAGUAUUUCUAACUCAGAAACACCUUAUAUGAAACGGUCUUUACCUGCAAUGCAUUACUCUAUUCCAUCUGUAUCCUCUAGAAAACCUUGGAUCAAAUCAACUCACCUUGGAAUAUACCAGAAUGGCAGCAACUAUUCACCUACCUGCCGUCAAACUCCAGAAAAUCCAGGAACGAUUCCCGGAUGCCAUCAUAUCAAAGAUCACCUCAGCACCUGACCAUCCCCGGUUCAAUUACGACGGCUUCAAACCGGGCCGUCGAGUUCUAGAAGCAGGCCAUGUUCGCUAUCCGGGUCGCAGGCCAUUCGGUGUACCAACUGUAUAUGAGCGAGACCAAGAUAUUACGGUUCGCGAUGGCGCUCGUCUAUACGCAGACAUCUUCCGCCCCGAAACGUCUGAUACACAGCCUGUUCCAUGUAUCCUUCCGUGGAGCCCAUACGGUAAAACUGGUACGGGACCUCAGAACUACGACUUCAUGGCCCCUUAUCGAGCUGGAAUCGCGCUUGAUCGCACAUCAGGCUAUGAAAAGUUCGAGGCUCCGGAUCCUUCCGAGUGGGCUGAGCGUGGCUACGCUGUUUUGAACAUUGAUGCUCGUGGUGCUGGACAUAGUGAAGGAGUCAUUGCACGAUGGGGCAUUCAAGAAGCAGAGGACGUUUAUGACGUCAUCGAGUGGCUGUCUAAACAGCCUUGGUGCAAUGGCUCCGUCGUGAUGGCAGGGAAUUCCUGGUUGGCUAUAUCGCAGAUUAACUUUGUUUCCAGAAUGCACCAUCCUGCAUUGAAGGCGAUUGCACCCUGGGAAGGUUAUACAGAUCUGUAUCGCCACUAUGUUGCCAGGGGUGGACGUCCCCAUAUUCCUGGCUUCCACCGGAUGAUCUCAAACGGGCUUGCGGGGCCUGAAGGUGCUGAGAACGUUGUCGCCAUGCUUGAGAAACAUCCGCUGUACGACGACUACUGGGAGGCCAAGAGAAUUCCUGUUGAGAACAUCGACAAUAUUCCUAUGUAUGUUGUUGCUUCAUACUCAAGCAUGCUGCAUACAUAUGGCUCGUUCCAGACUUUUCGACAAGCCAAGACAGAAAAAAAGUGGCUUCGUGUCCAUCCGUAUCAAGAAUGGUAUGACAUGUAUCGACCAUCCGUCUCGGAUGAACUUCAGCAGUUUUUCGACUUCUAUUGCAAGCCUGAUAUUGUCAAAGGCACAAACUGGGAAUCCUCAACCCCUCGGGUCCGGCUUUCACUGCUUGGCUUUGAGGCAGACGGGAGUUCCGCCACGACUGUUAUCGAGAGGCCUGAGGAGAGUUACCUGCUUGCAAGACAAAGGCUACGAACUCUAUACCUUGACGGGGAAAAAGCAAAACUAGUAGAUUCAACACCAGAUCAGGAAUCCAUAAAGUCGUAUGAAGGAAAGAGUUUGACUGAUAGAUUGACCUUUACAGCGACAUUUGAUGUCGCAACUGAGCUGGCUGGCUACCCAAAGGCAGUGUUAUACAUGUCAUGCCCCGACCAUGACGAUUUCGAUGUUGUUGUGCAGGUUCGCAAGAUCGAUAGCAACGGCCGGCAGCUCUCACAUCUCAACUACCCUUGUCCUGUUCCAAUUGACGAGGUACCCGAUGUAAACACAGCGAAAACUUUAGGUCCGCAGGGCUUCCUUCGAGCUUCGCAUAGCGUCUCUCUUAAGGAACAUGGCGGGCCCGUUGUUUCCCACGAUCUGUCGCGUGAGACAGACGUUUCGUACAGCCACCGUGUCCGACGGCCCAUUAGUCCUGGCACAAUUGUCCGCCUAGAGAUCCCCAUAUGGCCGAUUGGGAUAGCGUUCGCCGCCGGAGAAGGCAUAGCGCUCAACGUUUCUGGGCAUGAUAUGUGCCUGCCUGAGACUGACUUGUGUCGCUUGAGAGAACCAGAGGAUGGGAAUGUCGGGAGGCACUAUGUUCAUACAGGAGGUAAGUACGACAGCCAUUUGAUCAUUCCUGUUAUCAUGGGUUAGUGCGGUCAACUGUAGUGGGGCAGUGACAGCAGCUGAUACACCUCGGUCUCGUGGAUUGGUCGUGACUCGGUGCAAUGGCCGAUGUAUAAGAGUCUCCGUGCAUUUUAUCAUGUUCACAUUUCUUCCUCACUACCAAGGCAAGCCUCAGAAAGCAACGAAAAAAAGAAGCCUGUCAGACGUCCAUCAAUGCCCGCCCCAAGAACGCGCCCGAAGGCAGACCGUCCCAAGGGCCGAGAUCAUCAAGAGUAACAUCUCUCUAUACAGCAGCCACUCAAAAGAGCAGACCACCGCCAUCCUUGCGGACAGAUCGAGAGGACCAGAAAAGGGGUAUUCACUCUAGGGCAUCGAGGAUAUUCAUUCAUCAACCAGGGUGGGAUCUGUGGCUCUUUUAGGGAACCAAGAGAAGGUCGAAUACUAUAGAAAUGAUUCUCUGAAGUAUUGUCGACAUGAAGAAGAAAAGAAGAAAAGUCCAAAUGGUCGGCGGCAGAGCAGACUUUUAUAGAGAGCUGCUGUGGAUACAGUGACUAAGCGAGUUUGUUUAGCGAGUGCAGAGUUUUUUACGCUGGGUUCAGCAAGAUUGAGAUGAGGCUGACUAGUCAGCGUGCACGGUGGUGAAAACUCUGUUUCUCCUCAAACAGAGCCUCGUUAUUGGGUAACUUGCUUUUUCCUGUUAUUUUCUUUUAGUUUUUUCUAGAGGUUUCUGACUGUUGAUUGUUUUCAUUCGCCGCUUUCAUUCUUCCGCUCUGCUACUGGAGAUUUCCUUCGCUGCUAGUUCUCCACUCUCAGACUUUCCGUGUCCAAGUGUAGGAUGAGUAUCUGGGGACCUACUGUUACAGCAAGUCACUUCACAAGACGCCUAAAUAUACCUGAUGACUUUUAAUUUGAGGGUAGAGCAGGCGGGCAAGACCUUGACUCUACCUCAGAGUAAAUCGUCGC